CAACAAUAAUAAUUAUAACAAUAACAAUUAUCAUUAAAUAUAAACAACUAUCAAUUUCAGGAAGAGUUGUUCAAGAAGCUACUAGAGAAUCAGACCAGGUAUGGAACAGUGUUGAUAAAGAGUUCAAAGAAUUUGAGGACGAUGUUUUAUUACGGCUAGACACACCAUCAUCCAUACAAGAGUUGUACGAUGAACACAAUUUUGUUGGAUUAGCCAAGAUAGAGAGUUCAAUGGGUGACAUAUUUAUGAAUGAUAGCUUGGAACGUUUUAAUGAAAGUAAAGUAGAAUUUGUACUUCAUGUGCACACUGACACAGAAGAUGAGGUAGACCUACUGAUCGUGAUAGCUUACAGUAAUCAUACAAUGAGAAGUAUGAAAGUAAACGCAAGCGUUUCCAUUGAAGGACAGGAUGAAAUGGAUGUUGAAUAUCGGUAUUUAACUGACAAGAUUUUAACAUGCAAUGUGUAUAAUAUAAGAAAUCUAGUGGAACUUAACGCAACAUUGAACUUCACUAUAUUCGAAAACCUGAAUAUUUCAAUCACACAAAGUAGGCACGAAGACGUAGAGCCAAUAUGUCUGUAUUUCGAUGAAACACGCUGGACUUGGAGUGAUGAAGGGAUGAUGACAACCUACACGUCCCAGGAUCAAGUAUCUUGCUAUUCAGAUCAUAUAACCAGUUUCACCGUACUGUUGAAAGUUACUAAGAUAGAACAGGAAGGGACGCAGAUACCAAAAACGUCUGAAACUGUCAAAGAUGCGUUACCGGUGCCGGAAGUACUGAGCUUGUUGUCGCAAGUGUUUCUAUCAUUGUCACUUAUCUUUUUGCUUGUUUCUCUCAUCAUUUACUGUUCAUUUCUGGAACUAUGGAGAUCACUUCGCAAUUCAAUCCACAAGAACUUGGUUAUUAACAUGAUACUUAUGCAAUCGCUGUUUAUCUUUGGGAUUGAAAAAAAUGAGCAUAAAUCCAUGUGCACAGUUGUCAGCGUUCUUCUUCACCUCACUUCUCUAAACACCUUCACUUGGAUGUGUGGCGAGGCCGUGUAUUUGUUUUUCCAAGUGUCCACUUCAGCGUCAAGCAGAUUCAAUCGUCUACGACAUUUUAUGGCAUUUUGCUAUGGAAUUCCACUCGUCAUCGUUGUCAUUUCUACUGUUGGUUUUGCAUCAAAGUACAAUGUAGAUGACGUCUGUUGGCUUAAUAAAGAUACUGGAACGAUUUGGACUUUCGUCACACCUGCUAUUUACGUUGUUAUGCUUACCAUUGCUAUAAUGUGCGUUGUUUUCGAAAAAGUCUACAACAGACCAUCCUCUGGAAAAUGGGCGGAAUCAUCAACCAGAGAGCAGGACAAGUUCCAACAAUUGAAGUACGCUGCGUGUGGGACAGUUUUGCUGCUGCCAAUAAUGGGCACCACGUGGAUCAUCGGACCGUUUGCAUACAGUUCUGAUGAUACAUUCGUCGAACAUAGAGAUGUAGUCAAUGUGCUGAACGCCUUUCAAGGGAUCUUGGUAUUCUUUAUUUACUGUGUAUUUGAUUAUGAGACAAAGGCAUGUUUUCAAGCACGUUUCUCGAAAAAAAAAGUAGGCCUAGCUCCAGUAGUGAAAUGAAGCAAUGUGGUCUGCAAAGAUUUAUUGCUAGAAGGAAUGCAGUUAAGAAGGAAAACUUGUUGGCAGCGUUAAGAUGCAAAUAAUAAUAAUUGAAUCUGUAGCUUGGUGUUAAUGUUCCUGCCUUUCAAUUUCACGGUUCUGUGUUCAAUUCCUGUAAAGCUAUAGAAAUCUCACGACCCCAAAACAUCCCCAUUAAGCCUCAUAAUGGGACAUAGUCUAUAUAGGUGGGCCUACGUAAAGCAUUAUGUGAAUUUGCAUGCCUUCUGUAAUAUAAGUCAGUGAUUAAUAAAAAAAACAAAACCUUAAGACAUAUUUUCUAAUGUAUUUUAAUUGUGCAUAAUUUUUAAACUGUUCAGCGCUUUGAUAUUAUAUAAAAUGAUAUUACCAUUAUUAUAAUAAUACUAAUAAAACAUGAAGAAUAAUAUAAACAGAUACACAAGACCCUUAUUGUUAAUAA